CACUUGGUCAUUGUACAUACUCCUAGCACAUCUAUUUGCCAUCCAAGACUCAGAUUGUCCCAGGCAUUUGAUCAAGAUCUGUCUAUAUCGAAGAGCAACCAUGAGCACCACGCAGUCCGGGAGCUCUGGCACUGCCACCUCUGGCUCACCCCACCGACCCAUCUCAAAAGCAGAAGCAUCGAAUCCCAGAGAAUUCCAGCUUAACCAGUUACGGCGUCGCUUUCGCCCACAGGAAAGCAGUGAUGACGCCGGAACCACGGCGACUUUCGGGCUUACCCCCUCUGAUCCCGACUUCCCCUUCGAAAUGGAUAAGCUACAGUGCAUUCUACACGUCCCUCGAACUUACCCGACUCAAGGACGUCCCACGAUCAGAGUCACCAAUCCCGAAAUGGGAAGCGCAUUCCAAGAGAAUGUUGCUAGAGGCUUCGAUGACAUUGUUGACAGCACCAUCAGAAGCGGCAGCCGUGGGACGCUGCUCAGCUACAUGAACACUCUAGACCGACAUCUCGAGCGCUUGCUGACGACUUUGGAACGGGGACCUACGCUCAAGUUUGUGCCCAACACAACAGCAAGCAAACCACAGUCAGCGGUGGUCCAGAAGCUGUCACGAGACAUGGAGUCGCUCGCUGUGUCUUCGUCAACCUCUCAGCCUCGGACCCAAGUGCUGUCGACCCCCAAACCUGCCCCGCUUCCGACUUACACCGCGGCUGAGAAGGCCCAGGCGGAAAAGCGACGAGCAGCGGAGACGAAACAAUUAGAGGCUCGACUGGGUAGAUUGUCUUCUUUCCAGAAGCUCAGUGACGGUCUCUCUUUUCUCAUCCCUAUUCAGCCGGCCAAAAUCGAUCGGCUACCUGUGCUCCUCCGGUCUGUGAAGGCUGUCAAAUUGCAGGUGCCUCUAUUGUACCCGCUUGAGCCCAGCGCGAUUGAACUGAACAGUAUGGAAGGCCCAGAGGCUCGAGCUGUCGAAGCAGGCUUCGGCAAGUGGGUUCAAAACAACUUAAACCUGAAUCUGAUGUCGCAGGUCAAUUAUCUCACCAGCAAUAUGCUUAAUUUCUCCAAGACGCCAGUGGAAAGCGCUCCCGCUCCAGUUGCAAUAUCCGAGAUUCCAGAUUCUAAGCCAUUAGAGGCAGCUGCAACAGGUCCGCCGGUUCCAGAAUCCGUGGCGACGGACAAACCCCAUGUCCAUGUUGUGCCCCGACCUCCGGAAUGGAACGUGGGUGGUGACAGUAGUGCUUCUGAGGAGACGGAUUUCACCGAGUCUGACGAGGAACCCACGGAAGACGACGAAGACGGAGGCGCUCCUGUUCCCGAUCUUCCCGAGCCUACCAAUGUUGAACGCGGCGUUGCUCUCUCCUUCCCAUUCCUGGAACUCUACGGGAUUGAGCUUCUGGAGCUCGUCGGUCUUUAUAUCACAAUUAAAUGCGAUCGAUGCAAGGAGACGAUGGAUGUGAGAAAUAUUCCUCAGAUCAAAGACAAAAAUGACGAGCUGUCUCUCAAAGUGGAGACAUGCAAGAAGUGUGCAAACACGAUGAGCAUGGGAUUCCGUCGUCAGUUGAUGCAUCCCACCGCGACUCGAGCUGGCUAUCUGGACUUGGAUGGAUGCACUGUAGUCGAUCUUCUCCCUAGUAGCUUUAUACCCACGUGCGCGGAAUGCUCGACGCCAUUUCCGAGCCCUGGAAUUGUGGCGGUUCGUGGCGAAAGCGCAAUGGCUAACUGCCGCCAGUGCCAUCGCAAAAUGGUUCUCAAGGUCCCGGAGGUGAAGUUUCUCAAAGUCGGGUCUGCAGCAUUCUCUUCUCGUGAUCGUCCCCCUCCCCGAAAGAAGCCCAAGGAGGUCCUCGGCAUCGUCGCCGGCCAAGAACUGCCCCGUCGCGGCCGGUGCUCGCAUUACGGGAAAAGCUAUCGCUGGUUCAGAUUCAGCUGCUGCGCCAAGGUCUUUCCGUGCGACAAAUGCCACGAUGCGGCCACUGACCACCCCAAUGAACAUGCAAACCGCAUGAUCUGUGGCUUCUGUUCCCGGGAACAAAUCUACCGCCCGGAGAACUGUGGGAUUUGCCGCGCCGUCCUGAUCGGUAAAGCCGGAAGUGGCUUCUGGGAAGGCGGGAAAGGCACCCGGAAUAAGACCCUGAUGAGUAGGAAAGAUCCACGCAAGUAUAAGCGUCGUGGUGGCACGACGCCUGGCGGUUCGUCCAAGAAGACUUAGGUUGUUCGGGCCUGAGGCUCAUUCUGCUAAGAGCGGGUGAGAUAGAGAAGUAAAGGAGGCCCUGCAAUGAGACACACUUCUUGGUCCUGGGCGCUUGCUCGCCUCCACCCCCCGUAUUCGUCCCGAGCUGCUGGCUUGUCCGUGGGCUGGAAGCAUUUGUCCUUCUCGCCCCUUCUCCGCUGGGGAGGAGAAAGAUGGAGGGUUACGGCAAUGUGACGGAUGACUACUGCUUCUGUUUUCGUGAUAAAUUAUGCUGGACUGGCUAGCUGCAGGCUGGCAUGCAAACAGGCUGACGUUAAGAGUCUCGUGGGCUGGCUGAAGGACAUCAUUGCCGUCUGGACAGCAAACUGCACAUAGGUCAUGGUUGACGAGAUUUGAGGUCGUAGUUCCCCGAGAACCUGUAAAUAUGGAGUCGAGAUGUCGAUGGAGGUAGCCAUUACGAAUGAUCGGUCGCGUAUAGCGUGGAUACUACAUAGACUACAUAUUUCCAAC